AUGCAAGGCAAGAAUAGUCUUUACCUAUUGGUAAGCCUUCUUACUUUCAGAAUUGAUCUCUGUCAGUUUUAUUGUUUAAAUAUUCCCAGUUCAACACGCUCUCUUUGAAAUUGACUGAAAAAAAAAACUAAAAAAUGAUUUUUUGGAGAUUUUAGUUUCUGUAUUUGAGAAAGUCCAAACUCUUGCUCUCUGCCUUCCUUUAGAUUUUCUCUAGCUCCAGUAAGAUAUGAUAGCCUUUGUCUCCUCUUAAUAUUAGGUGACUGCCAUUCUUCUCUGUCUUCACUUUUCUACGGCAAAGCUUAAGGCAAAUGACGAUCAGUCGCCCUUGCCCGGUUUGUCCGACGGUUCUCUACUGCCAGCUUCUAACCAUCGAGUGCCAUACAAUGGGAAAGAAACAACACGUGAUUCUUCACGUUAUGAAGAUGAAGCAGAAGAGUACUACAGUCCUCCCGAGGCAAAAUCUGCAUGCCGGCCUGGGGUUAUCAGCAGUAUAGAGUCAUGUGUGAAGAGUCGUGAGAUGGUGCGUUGCGGAGAUCGUCUUGUCCCAUCUCUCACCUGCCGUAAAUCUAGUUUUACAGCCUGUCAUGAAGCUACACGUAAGUGUGGGACGAAAAGUUGUAAACCCACGUAUAUAUACUAUCCCGAAUGUGGACGCACUCUUACCGCCGCUUGCACCUGUGGAUGCUCCUGA